UUGACACCAACGACAUGCAGUACCAAAACAGGAAGUCGCAAAUAAAACUAGCUGGGUGACUUUGCUAGCUAGUGUUCGUUCAAUCAUGCAACGAUGUUUAAAAACGUGUUUCGAUCUGGUUUUCUAAUUAGGACCGCACAUGUCAUCCUAACAUGGGUUAUUACACUGAUACUAUUCUUACAUGACACCGAUCUCCGAAGACAAAGGGAGAAUGGAGAGUUGAUGCAGCCUGUAGUGUUUUCCUUGCUGGUCCUGCUGUCAGUGAUGCUGUAUUUCACUGUCUCUCUGAUGGACCCGGGCUUUGUUCUUUCUGACAGUGUUAAGUAUGGCCAGGGCUCAGGUGAAGAAUUGGAGGAGAUGAUCCCUCAAAACCCCAUACCUCGCCUGCGCCGGUGUGGCUACUGUCUGCUACAGGUAGGACAGCAGCAGCCCAUGAGAGCUAAGCACUGCCAGGCCUGCAAACAUUGUGUGCGGCGGUUUGACCAUCACUGUCCGUGGAUAGAGAAUUGUGUGGGUGAGAGAAACCACCGCUGUUUCAUCAUCUAUCUGGCUGUUCAGCUGCUUGCUCUACUCUGGGCACUGCAGAUUGCUUGGUCAGGUUUCCAUUCUUCUGACACUUGGAAACUGUGGCUCAUUGUGAAUGGGUUUCUGCUGGCAUCGCUGUGUGUUGUAGGUGUGUUGUCCUUGGUGGUGGUCCUGCUCCUGGGCUGCCACCUCUUUCUGAUCUCCAUCAACUCCACCACCUGGGAGUUCAUGUCCCGCCACCGGAUCUCCUACCUGAAGAGCUACAGUGACGAGGAGAACCCCUUUGAUCGUGGCAUUCUCUGUAAUCUGUGGGACUUCUUCUGCAUGUGCCGAACUGUGGUGUGGGAGCAGGUGUACUACAGAGGGAGCCACAAUCACGUCUGACCUCACUCUACAGACCACAUGCCCAUACCAGGCUAUAGGAUUAAGCCAGGGUCGUGGCACCUCGUAGGCCUUCCAUUCUGCUUCCCCAUCAUUUAGAUUUUUUGCAAAGUUGAAGUUGCCUAAUGUUUUGAUAUUUAUGUAAUACAUGGUUCUAGGUAUUUUUUUUAUUGUUUUGUUUAACUGAGUGACAGUUUAUCGUGAGUCAUUGAGUAUGCUAUUUUGCCAUGUUGAACUAAUGAUGUACUGUAAUAUUGAAAGGUGUUGAUCAAAAAUGUUAUGCAUUAACUUUAGUACUCUGUUUUAUAAUAUGUUGAAACGUUAGAAUUUUUACCUGUAUUCUUUGAUAAAACUUUUCACUCUUUCAUUAAUUGGAAAUAAUGUAUUCAUAUUUUUGUAUUUAUUGACAUAGACAACACAAUAAAACUAAUGAUUUCAACGAA